CUCACUGUGUUCCCGGCGUAACCCCGAGUGUUUCGAAACUCCUUGUCACUAAAGUAGCCUCAAAUUACAAGUAGUCAAAAUAAGCAGCCGUGCGCCUAUUAGACGAAGAGGUGUAGCUCCGUUUGGGCGAACAUAAGCUGAAGAGAUGUCCUCCCAAGUCAUACUGAGGCUGCUGCCCAGAGCCAGAUGCAUGUUUGAUGAGCCUGUUCAGGUGAUGGUGUCCGGGCUGAGGGCGAGACAGGUGGUCACCAUGAGAGCCAGGUCAACUGACGAGAAAGGAGUGGAGUUCAGCUCCUCGGCCACCUACAAGGCUGAUGGGAACGGGGAGAUCAACCUGGAGAGAGACCCCUCACUCAGUGGGAGCUACGUUGGGGUCGAACCCAUGGGUCUGCUGUGGUCGAUGAGGGCAGAUGUCUUGCACAAAAGGUUUCAAAAAAACAAAUCAUUAAACCCCCACGUGGUGAAGUUCUCUGUGCAUGAGGAGGAGGGGGAGGGCAGGAUGCUGGUAGAGGCGACCAAUGAGAGGCUUGUGAUGGGAGACGGGGUGAGCCGGCGUCCUGUCAAAGAGGGGAAUAUUCGUGGAGUCCUGUUCACUCCCCCAGGAGGAGGUCCGUUCCCUGCUGUGUUGGAUCUGUACACUUUUGGUGGAGGUUUGUCAGAGAAAAGGGCCUCUCUGUUGGCCAGCCGUGGAUUUGUGGUUCUGACUGUAGCCCUGUACGGUCAUGAUGACAUGGCAAGGAACAUCACAGAGGUCCAUCUGGAUUAUUUUGAAGAAGCAAUUGAG